AUUUUCAAGAUAACAUAGGAAACACAUACAUCUGCUCACAAUAUAAUCUGUACAGUGUUCACAUGAGAUGCUGACAUAGUGGGACUGAAUACAACGAGUGCUAAAAAGCACACAGACUUCAUCAUCCUUGUCCUCCAACAUGGCCAGCAGACAAACAGUCGUGUUCCUCGUGGCAGUGGUGAUCUCCCUGUCAGACUUCAUUCAUAGCUUCCAACCCCUCUUCUCACCUGAUGGUAAUUCAUCCACUCACCGUGACAUCACACUGAGGGCGGUCCUCAGAAAGACAGCUGAGGUCUGCCGAGACAUGGCUGCUUCGGAGGGACGGGACUUCCGCCUGACUAUUGAUGACAGCCUGUCAACUGAUGAGGUGCAAAGGGCCUGUUCUACGACAGGUACCUCCACCUCUCUCCUCUCAACUGUCCUUUUCCAAACAUCCAUCGCCAAUAUGUACUUCAGCAACGCAAAAGUGGACAAGCUUUUUGCGCUGAGUGAGAAGCAUCAUUUUGAUGAUGAGACCUUUCAAGACGGACGGGAUGUCAUCACAGCAGGUGUGGCUGCUGUGAAGGCCAGUGUGAAGCUGGAGAGCUUCGUCGCAGGGAGGUGGAAUCUUGGACAAGUCUGUCACACCCUACAGGACUUUUACAGCCACAGUAACUGGGUGGAGCUGGGGAACAAAAGUCCUUACAGCACUCUGAUCAGCCCAGACCAACCUCUUGAAAACCUGGCAGGCCUAAGUGUUCCCACCUGUAGAAACUGUACUGGAGGAAAAUGUGAGAACAACCUUCUUCCUGACCUGCUGCAGCAAGGGCUUCUCACCUCAGGCUACUUCAACAUCUUCUCUCCAGCAAAACCUGCAGGCAAAUGCAGCCACGGUGGAUCAUUUGACCGGACCAGCAGAAAAGACCCAGUGGGGGGCAUCAGUAAGGACGACCUUGGGUCCAGUCAUGGCUCACUUCACCCAAAAGCAGCUGAUUUGGCUGUGAAUGCCACUAUGGAGCUACUAGAGGACGUCAGAGUAGCAGUGGGAGACAAGAACUUCCUGCGAUUAAUGGGCCUCUCCCAGUCCUCAGUGCUGUGUUUUGUCAUUGACACCACAGGCAGUAUGAGCGAUGACAUAGCCGAAGCUAAGAGGGUUUCCUUCGCCAUCAUUGACAGUAAGAGGGGAACCCAGCAGGAGCCCUCCGCUUACAUACUGGUACCUUUCAAUGACCCAGGGUUUGGACCUGUGACAAUGACAACCAAUGCAGAUUUCUUCAAAGACAGCAUCAACAAACUGUCUGCAAGUGGAGGAGGAGACAUCCCAGAGUUAUGCUUGUCUGGACUGCAGCUUGCCCUGACUGCUGCUCCACCCUCAUCUGAGAUCUUUGUCUUCACUGACGCUCCAGCUAAGGAUGCUCAUCUGAAAAGCACCAUCACUGCUAUUAUAGAGAGCACCAAGUCAGUGGUAACUUUUAUGUUAACCGAUGUCCUGGCGAGUCGACGGCGCCGCAGAAACACUCAGCGGGUGUCUCCUCGUAAAAUGAGCCAAUUAGAUGCCCAGCUGUACCGUGACCUUGCCCGUGCCUCUGGAGGUCAGGCCAUUGAGGUGACCAAGUCAGACCUCACUCUGGCUACAAGUGUAAUAGAGGAUUCAUUAGCCAGUGCUGUGGUGACAGUUUUUCAGGUAGUGAGGAAUCCUGGAAGGCCUGAUAACUUUACGUUUAUUGUUGAUGGAUCACUUAGGAACCUGACUGCCUACAUCACAGGAGCCUCAUCUCUCACUUUCGAUCUCACGAGCCCCACAGGUGUAUCUCAGAGUUCCAGUCAGUCCAGCGGUCCUUUGGCAACCAUAACCACAGCCGGAAACCUACGUCGUUUAAGCCUUAACACUGACAAUCAAACAGGAUCAUGGGAAAUCAGUGUUAACUCUAAAAAUCCUUACUCUGUUAAGGUCACAAGUCAAAGCUCAGUGAACUUCAUUUAUAACCUUGUGGAAGCUCAUGAGGGAGCCCAUGGGGAUUUCAGCCUAAAGGAGGGACGUCCUCUUUCAGGUGGUAAUGCUAGCCUCAUGAUAUCUGUGACAGGAAGUGACAAAGUAAAGGUCACAGAGGUCACUCUGUUUGACAGCUCCGGGCCAACAGAGGUCAAGGGAUCAUUGCAGUCGGUAGGGAGUGGUACCUUCCUGGUGACAUUCAGUGGAGUCCCAGCAGGCGAGUUUGUGGUUCGCAUGAAGGGAGCGGAUGGCAGCUCCACCUCCAGGUCCACAGCAACCAGCUUCCAGAGACAGGCCUCCACUCAGAUCAAGACCUCCAGUAUCUCUGUUACUGCCCAAGCCAGCAACACCAACAUAGAACCAGGCUCUACCAUCUCCGUUCCUUUCACAGUCGCCACAACCACCAACGGAGUUGUCAACGACUCUGCAACAGGGAUGUUCACAGUGCGAGCCAACAAUGACCGCAGCUAUACUUCAACCUCACCAAGCUCCAUCACCAUAGCGUCAGGCGAUGGAGGCACAGCCAACGGCACCGUGACCUUAACGGCACCGGCCAGUGCUGCAUCCGGAACAGACGUGACCCUCACCAUUGAGGCCGAAAAUGCAGCUGCCACUGACAUCAACUACGCUGUCCUCAGGUUUUCUGUGGUGGCCAAGGUGACCGAUAUUACCCGUCCAGUGUGCCAGACAGUCAGUUCUUCCUCCAAUUGUCCAUCCUCUUCAUCACUGUGUGCUUCCUCACAGUGGACAUUCAUUGCGAAUCUCACGGAUGGCAUCAAUGGAACCGGUAUUGAGAGCAUCACCAUCCGCAAAGGGAACGGUACCCUCAAUACCAGCGCAGUGGCUGGGGCUGGAGGGGCCAACGUUACAGUCGCUACAUACAGCGCUUCCUGCUGUUCACAGAAUGUAGAGCUGGCUGCCGUGGACAAAGUAGGAAAUGUGGGGAAAUGUGCAGGACAGGCUAGACAAACGACGGUUGCCACUACACUUACAGCUAUCACAGCUGCAGUGAACACAACAUCCACUGGAGGGCACACCUUGAGCAUAUCACACUGUCUCUGGAUCAGUGUUGUGGUUUCUCUCCUAUGGAAGUAAAAGGGAUGAAUUACAAAAUACACUGUAAUUACAGUAUAUAUCAAUGAUGUCCAAUGGAUUAUGAAGGGAAUCACAUGAUUUAAGCGUCCCCUCAAAGUAUUUUAUUGCUUGGAUUUAUUUCCAUCAGGUGUGUUUGAAUUACUAUUGCUUGGGGUAAAAAGGAAGUUUUCCUCUAUUUAGAAAGAAAUCAUAUUGCCUUUGUCUUUAAUGAAGUUGUAUUUAUUUUUUGAUUUAAAAAUAUAUAACAAAUGUAAUUUA